AUGUCAGACGCAAACGCAACUACACCACGAGUCUUCAUCGCUCGACACGGUGAAACAAAAUGGACCAUCAACGGCCGCUGCACUAGCAAGGCUAAGAUUCCUCUCACCGCAAACGGAAUUGCUCAAGUUCAAGGCACGGGCGAAGUCCUUGUCGGUGCUGGUAAACUCAUUGACCCUUCCAAAAAAACACAUGUUUCUACUUCACCUCGCAAACGGGCUGUUGAUACGUUAUCGAUGUUGCUCGAGCCUGCACAUAAAGAUCGACUUGAUCAAGAGAACAAAAUCACCACCACAGAGGACAUCGCAGAGUGGGAUUAUGGAGAUUAUUCAGGCUUGAAACCUGAUGAGAUUGAAGAAAGCAGAGCUAAGAGAGACCUACCAAAAUGGGAUAUCUGGACUCAAGGCUGUGAGGGCGGAGAGUGAGCAAAAUCUGUCGUGCGCAUAUUGGUAUGGUGAUUGGCUUUCGCAUAGAGAUUAUCGUUUGGUGCUUGAUCCAGAUCGGCAGAAAAAGUACAAGAGCGUCUGGAUAGACUCAUCGACCAGAUUUAUGAGCUGUAGAGUCCUCGUGUAGAUGACAAAAGUGGCGAGUCUGCUGAUGUUUUGAUUGUAAGAUUUGAUGUCUCGUUGAACUUUUCUUUUGAUGUGGCUGAUCAUGAUUUUGAUCGGUUGCUCACGGUCACAUCUUGCG